AUGUUGGCCAGCAGUGAGGUUGAAAAACUGUUCUUGAAGUGUGAUUCUGCCAAUAAAGGCUUUCUGACUGUUGAAGAUCUUGCUCAGAUAUGUCCCCAGCUUAGCUCUGAAGAUAUAACGUUUAUUUUUUCCCAGUUGGAUAAAGAUGGAUCGGGAACCAUCGAGAAGUCAGAGUUCAUUAUUGGUUUUGAGGAUGCCGUCAUGAAAGGAGAAAGCGAAGGAUUGGAUGGAAUGCAUAGACGGGCAAGUGUGUUGGAGUCCGAUGUUCGGUACCGUAGAGCACAAGAAGAAAUCUUUGACUCUGAUGCUGAGCCAUCUAGAUCAAAAGCAUUUAGAGCCUUGGAUGAUGACGUCUAUCAUUCAGAAACUGACACGGCUCUAUCCUUAGAUUUUGCAUUACCAUGUCAAGAAGAAGUAAUUGUCCUCUAUGAACAACUGCAGAACUCAGGAAUGCCUCAAAUGCUUAAGAAAUUUGAGAAGGUUGUAAGCUCGUUCUACAAAGAGUUCAAAGAGAAAACAUCAGAGAAUGCUCGUUUACAAUAUGUUUAUGAAAAUGAGAGAGAGAUGUAUAACAGGCGAAUGGAAGAAGUGGAAACGGAGAUAGACCAUCAGCUGGCUAUAGCAGCGAGGAAAGCCAGAGAUGAGGAGAGGCAAAAACUAACAAAGGAAAAAGAAGAAAUGAAGGAUCGAUUGGAGUCAGAAAUGGACGAGAUGAGACACAAUAUUGAACGGUUACAGAAAAUGGAAAAAGUGUUAGAGAGAGAAGGGGAAAAGUUGAGUCACCAGAAGGAGCUGCAAGAAAAACUGAAGCAAGUCAGCACAGAAAACUUUGAGCUAAGAAAAAGCAUGGCUGAAAAUCAUCUGGAACUUGCCAUGAUCAAGAGUGAACUAGCGCAUGUUCGCUCUGACUAUGAGCAAAGUGCGAACGAGUUGCAGAGACAUCAAGAUGAGAGGUUCAAUGUGGCCGAAGAAGCAGAAGGAGCACAUAAGCAGCUUCAACUCAUGUUCGAAGCUAACAAGAAACUUCAUGAGACAAAUGAAAGUCUCCGUGAGGCCCUCGACAAUCGGGCAUCUGUGUUACGGCAGUUCAAUCUGAGAACACCAUCUCCUUCCGUAUUUUCAAUGCAUCGUGAUAGCUCAUUUUCGCCCAUGCACACUCCCAUAUUAUCUGAACGGUUAUCAACGCCUCAGUUGAUGGUCCCGCAAUAUUAUAAUAAUGUAGAAGAUGAUAUUGGUCUACAAAUGACAAUGGACUCAGAUAUGCAGGAUGAAAAGCCAAAAGGGGAUAUAGAGUCAUUGCUUGGAAUUAAUGAAUCUAACGGUCCAGCUGAAAGGACAUUUCGUGUUGUUAUGUGUGGUGAUGCUGCUGUCGGAAAGAGCAGUAUAGUUAUGAGAUUAAUAAAAGGGCAAUAUACUAAUCAGUUACCAAGUACAUUAGGAGUUGAUUUCCAUGUAAAAACGAUAAAUAUUGAUGGACGCAACGUUGCAUUACAAGUGUGGGAUACUGCUGGACAGGAACGAUUUCGAUCCCUCUGCAAAUCAUAUUUUCGUAGAGCUGACGGAGCAAUUUUAGUCUACGAUGUAACUGCUGAACAGACAUUUCUGAGAGUUCGUGAUUGGAUCGAUACAAUCAAGGAAUCAGUUGAACGUUCAAUCCCUGUCAUACUUGUUGGCAAUAAAACUGAUCUAAGGGGAGUAUCCGGAGUGGAUGGAGUGCCUACAAGUGACGGAGCUGCCAUGGCUGCAACAAUGGGAAUACUGUUCAUAGAAGCUAGUGCCCUGAAUGGAAAUAACAUUGAGCCAGCAGUGCUGACAUUAGCUCGAGAACUGAUGGCAGUCGAGGACGUGGAAAUUCGCUCGAGUGCUGUCAUACUUUCGCCCAGACAAAAGCAGAAUGGCGGAUGCUUCUCAAGAUGUAAAAGUUGA